AUGCAGGGUGCAUCACCAGCCGGCGAGGAUUAUACUUUGACCCUUUCAUCUAGGCUGGAGCGGUUUCAAAAUCUGAAAAUCCAGAGGGCCUGCAAUCUAGAAGAAGUCAAGAAGGAAGACAUCGGUCGUCAAAAAAAUAAUCCUCGGCUUGUUGCCCGUUUGGCGAGGAAACAUCAAAAGUUUUCAACCAUCAAGGCCAAACGAGAUGCCCAAAAAGCCAAUGUCUCCUAUGAGCGUAUCAGGUCGCAUCAAUAUUCGAUUGAAGAAUCGGACAGUUGGAAGGACCAUUUACGGAGGAAAGCCGAAAGAAAGAACCCCGAAUAUGCAGGUAAGUAUUUUCUGCUUUUUUCAGAUUAUGGCGAUCUUGCUAAACGGAAAUAUGACAAGCUCGUUGCAAACUUAAAGCCGGACUUUGCUCUGUACAGACAACAAACACCCACAGAUACAAUAGACCCAUUUACGACAUUUACACCGACUCGAGAAAAUGUUUCCAAAAUGGUGGAAGAUGUAUAUGAACAAAUUGAGAAGCGCUCCACUUUCUCCAAGAAGAAGCGAUUCAACCCCGACGCGGACGUCACCUACAUCAAUGAAAGAAACAAAAGGUUUAACGAAAAAAUAUCCCGUGCAUAUGGCGCAAUUACACAAGAACUCAGAGAAUCGGUAGAACAAGGUCCUUACUUGGGACGAAUUAAUCAGCAUUUACACCCGAAAUUUGGCGAUACUGAGGAAUAA